AUGCAGAUUGAUUCAAGAGGAGAAGGUGACAGUCAUGAAAGCAUAAAAAACAAACUUGAAAAGAUUAUUGCCAUUUGGAAAACAAAACUUGAGUCCGCUCACCCUAUUUCAGCUAAUGUUAGGACUGUCCUGAAGCAGGAGGAUAACUUACAUGCUACAAUGGAUAACAUACUGGCCAGUUUAGAGUCAGUUUUGCUCAGAGCUGAGACUUUUCCACCAUUUCUUGGAGUUCAUAAAAAUAGGAUAAAGCAAAACCGUCUAUCUGAAUUCAUGUACAACAUCUCCAUGUAUGUGCAGAAUCAAGGAACCAAAGAUCAGGAGGAAAAUUCUUGGGAAAAGUUACUUUAUCGUUUUAUUCAUGAUCCAACAGAGAAAUCUCCCAGACUGCCAAUACUCAGUCUGCAGGACUUUCUUGUCUCUCUCAGAGGAAGUCAAAACUUGAAUGUUCUCCUGGGUUUAUUGGAGAGCAUUCUUAAGGCAUUCAGCAACAGUCACACUGCACUCAGCCUUCUUGGUCAGAAUUGGGAGAUGCUAAGUGGAUUAAUUGACACCCUCUUCCAAGCUUUGCUCAGUGGAACCUUGACCCAAACUAGUACGGUGUUUCAAGGGCUUUUAUGCGUCUUGAUGGGACAGACUAACUGUGGCUUUAGUCCUGACCAUCUACAACAUAUGAUGUUGCCAUUUGACAAAAAUUGGAAGCCAGUUAUCAAUGUGCAAUCUGGAAGUGCUGUUUCACCACAUGGGAAAUAUAGACCAUUUAGUGUUCUCCCUGGAUCUUUCAAAGAAAAAAAAUUAAACUCUAGCUCAAAUGAGACAGAGAUGCAAAACGUCUUCCAGAUAUUUUAUCGUUCCAAAGAAAAAGAGAAAGGAAUAAUUGAUGACGUAAGCUCAAAUGAAGAUCUGUGGCAGAUCCUAGACAGCUUGCAUCAUACUCUUUUAAAAAGAAUGGAAAGGUCUGCGUAUGAUAACCUAAACAAGAAGGUAUUCCGUAUGACAGGUUCUCUGAUGAACAGGGUGUCUGCUGUGAUUGGUGUUCCUCAGUCUGAUCAGAAUGGCAAGUGCUCUGCAGGCACCUUGCAGCAGCUUCUUUUGUGGGGGAUAAAGCACAAUAUUACUUGGAACAUUCAUGCUUUUGGCUUUGCAUCCACAAGUUUUCCUUCAGCUCCCCCUAUCCUGACUUGUGGCAAACCUGUAGAUAUACAGGGGCAAGCAGAAGAUAAAAUUCACAACAUCACAAAAAGGUCCAAGGCUGAAGUUUCAGAGGAACUGCAGCCUUAUUCUGAAGUCCUUGAAGCAGUAUGCAAUGAGACCAUCCCACAAUUACCAGGUGUUUCCAAUUUUACAGUCUUUCUGUACUGCAAUAUGCAAAAUUCCACUGGUUAUUCUGUUGAGUCAACAUAUGACCUUCGGGCUGCCUGCUUAGAUGCAGCCUGGUAUCUGCUCUCCAUGGAAGAAGAUUCCUUUUGGCUGUGGGUCUGCAGGGAAUAUUUUCCUGUGGAAUUUAAUAUCACAGUAUGUAAAAACACAAUUCCAAGGCAUAGUCAUAACACCUCAUUAAUGCAUGAACUAUGCACAAAUCUUCCCAAUAUAUCUGAUGGUGUUAGGGAGCUAAGAAAUAAUAUUAAAUGCUCAAAUGCUGGGCAGGGAAUUGCCAUGAACGCAAAAAUUUUAAAGAACUGUCUUUUGGAAAACAAAACAGUUUGGGCUAAUAAAAUAUGUAAUAACGGAACAUUUUUAAACAUGCCAGAAGAUACUAGGGUCUGGGUUUCUAAGCUGUGCAAUCAACAAGAGUUAAAAACAAUUGCAGUAAAUUCAUCUGCUCUUAGGAGCUCUGCCGUGUGUGACUACAAGUCGUGGGACCCAAGAGCAUUCAAAAAUGUUACACUGGUUGAACAGUGUAAAGGAGUAAACAUAACUGAAUUUAAAGAUCAUGUGUGUCGAAACAGUACAUUGUAUGAUUUUAUGAUGUCUGUUCAUCCAUGGAUUAUUGACUACUGUAGAGACAUGUGGACAAAUUCUUCAACAGAAGGAAGAUGUUUUCUUCAGAAACUAAUAGAUAUGCUACCAUUUGCCUCAAAAGUUGAUUCGUCUCAACUUUGCAAAAGUCCAAUAUCUUAUAUUAUUGGGCUAAUCUCUCAGAUUUCUCAGUGUGAAAACAAUUCCACUAGUUGGGCUCUGAAUGUACAUUACCUCCUGAAGAUGGUGGAUUUUAUUUUUACCCUUUCUGACACUGAUCAGAUAAGUAAGGAGACAAGGGAUAGACUAAAAGAUGCAAUUCUUCUUUCAAGCCUCCUGGAUAAUAGCUCAUUUUGGACUUCCUUUAAAAUUAAUUCUUCAGUGAGCAUCCUUCAGACUGUGGAAUGGUACCUUACGCAAGAGAACAGUGACUCUGAUAAGGAGGAUCUCCUAAGCUGCUUCAGUCCUGUGCUUUGGGAACUCAUCCAGAAUGAAGAGAAUGCAACUGCUUUUGAAAUUCUUCUACAGGAAUAUCUGCAGAUGCCAAGAGACGGUUUCCAGAAGGUACUAAUGUCAGCAGAAAAUCAUGCAAUGGAACGUUUUCUUUCAUUGAUGCAUCGUUCAUGGCCUCGAAUAAAGAUAUAUCAACACGAUGAGAAAGGAUUGGAAACAUUGACCUCAAUGGUUAUGCAGAAAAUCCCCCUCUUAACUCCUCAGAUAUUUGUAGAUCUUUCCCAGUUUAUUCCAUUCAUGUCUGUAUCUGAUAUCAUCAGUUUCCCACUCUCUCUAUUGGCCAAUCAAAGUGUCUUAGAUGCAAUUAGAAUCUACAGCCCAGAUAUGAAGCUCACACAGAAACGUGCUUUUGCGAAGCGACUCCUACAAGCCAACAUGUUUGGGGCCAUCCCUUCCUGGCCGCCAGACUUUCUGAAGUCUGUCCAACCUCUUCUUCCCUAUUUGCCUUACUGCCAUUUUGUACAGCUCACUUCUAAUCAGAUUAAAUUGCUGGCAGAUGGCUGGAAAGAUGUGAAACUUGGGAUGGUCCAGGGACGUUAUGUGGCACAAAGCCUUAUGAACAGGAGCGGAAGUGACAUUGUGGAUGAGGUGUUGAGGCUUGGUAGUCUUGUUUGUUACUUGACUUAUGAAGAUCUACAAAGCUUUCUGCCACUUCAGGAUACACAUGGGCUGUUGGAGAAGAAGCUGCUUCAAUGCAUUACUGAUAGGAUAUUAUCCCCUCAUGGACGUCUGGCUUACUCACUAUCACAUCUGUUUAAACGGGUCCCUAUACACACUGUAGACAUUAGUGAACUCAUCCGUUGGAGAUGUCUCCUCUCAGAGUUGGGUGUUCCUUUCUUUAAAAAACUUCCUGACUCACAUGUGGAUGGUAUGCUCCCAAUGUUACAGGCUGCUGACUUGACUCCUGCCCAGGCUUUCACAUUAUUUAAAACCAUCUCUACAAAAAAGAAUGCAAGUGCCCAUAUUACGGAGCUGGUACUUUGUAAUUUUCACUCUCUGAUUCCUGCUCUGAGUCCUGAGAUCCUGCGGUCUAUCUCCGCUUCUCUUCUCUCCAAAAUUUGCCAGUGCCUGAAGCCAUCUCUUUCCCUGCUUUCACCAGCACAGAAGGCAGCUAUAAUGUACGUACUGCGGAGGUUUAUUCAUGAGAGGGACGUCUGGCCCAUGCAACUUGCUUGUCUUCUGCCAUUUACACCACUGAAGCUUCUUCAUUUGGACACACAAAUACUACUAAGGAACGUCAGCCUGUAUGGGCAACUUACCUGGACUCCGCAGCAGACCCAAUAUCUUUGGAAGAAAAUCCGAGCUGGGGCAAACCUAACAAAGAACACUAUUCUGACACUUGGCAGUCUUGCCAAUGGGAUUGAGUGUGACAUACUGCAGCAACUAAACACAAUUUCAGAUAUCAGAGAUGUGGUGAAGUAUCUCCAUGGGAUUCCUAGUGGAUUACGUAAAAGUCUUAGGAAGUGCAUUUUAGAAGAAAUGCAAAUGCAUCCUGGAUUAUCAUGGGAGGACACAUCUUGGAUUGGACCUGAAUUUAUCACAGACUUGCCAGUAAAAUUAAUUGAGAGACUUUCUAAUGAAUCAGUAAAGGUGUUUUUGGAACAUGCCCACAAAUACCCGAGAAGUUUUUUGGAACUCCAACCACAUAAGAAAUCUGCAUUUACUCAAAGGGCUCUUCAUAUCCUGCAUGUCCCAGCCCAUGAGGAGAUAUCAGUGGAAGAUCUUGAUAUGCUGGGGCCUCUGGUUGGGUUUAUCGGAGAAGAAAACAUAGCCCACAUCAAUAGAAAGCACUUGUUGCUACAUCUGGAUGUGCUGAAGACUUGCUGUCUUUCUGCAGAAUUCACAGGAAGCCUUGGGAAGAUAUUAACAGAGGAUGAUAUGUUGGGGCAUCCAAGCCAAUGGACAAAGAAAGAUAUAGAAAGCAUAGGAAGGCUGUUGUUCUUUCUGACAAGUGAAAAUGUUCAGUCAAUUCCCAAGGAAGUUUUAGGGCGGGAUACUUUGGAAUGGCUUUUGGAGAGUCAGAGAUCUUGGGAAGACAGUGACAUGGGGAGGACCUGUAGGAAGCAAUGCUCAAGUCUUCAGGAAAAUAUAAGAAGAAACAAGAUGAUCUUAGCAUCUACCGUGACGAAAAGUAGUUUUAGAGGUUUUCGAGAGCCCAUUCCUAGCUGUGCAGAUAUGAGGAUAACGUUCCCUUCAGCAUGGAGUGCUGCUCAGAUUAGUGGAAUGUCUGCAUCAGACUUUGAAGACUGUCUGGGAUUAUUUAGUCAGGAUGCUGAUCUCACAGCUGAUCAGGCGAAAGCAGCUUUAUCAAAAAUUAAGCAACUGUUUGGUCCUGUUAAGAACAUGAAUAUAGUAGAGAUACUACAGAUCGGCCAUUUGUCCUCUUACAUGAGUGACAGGGAACUGCAAGACUUGGAGAUCUCAGACUGGGGAAUUGUGUCUUUUCUGGGCAACAUAGAAAGCUGGAGCCUAAAACAGAUGAAGACGCUAGUCACUAGUAUUCUUCGAAAGCACAAGAAAACAGCAUCUGACCUAGAUCUGACUGAUAUCACAGCCCUUGGGAACCUCCUCUGUGGGCUGGGGGUAGAGGAGCUAAAGACCAUAAACAAGCAGGAGUUUAGCCAGGCAGCCGUGUUUGCAGGUUCCCUGAAACUAAAAUGCUCAGAAGCUCAGUUGGAAACUAUGGCCGAGCUCUUAACAUCCGGCUCAGCAUUUGGCACUGUUAGCAGAUGGGGGCCAGAGAUUUUUACGGAGAUUGGAACUCUUGCAGCUGGACUUCCAGAUAUUGUCUUGUCUUCUCUGAUAAGAGACCAGAUUCAAGGUUUAACCCCUGAUGCCAUCUCCCUCAUUCCUGCUCCAAAGUUUGCUGUUGUGUUCAGUCCGGCUCAGCUUUCCUUGUUCACAAGUGAUCAGGCCACAGCUGUGACCACGGAACAGUAUGAGCAGCUGAGCUACCAACAACGCCAGGCGAUCUCUAGCGCACAGUAUGAAGGAGAUAUUCUGUACCAGGACCCCAGAGGUGAAAAUAGCACUGGAUCAUUAGUUGCUUGGAAACCAGUUCUGUAUCUCACAGCAGCAAUUUUGUUCCUUAUCUAAGCAUUCUAUUUUUACCCUUAGUGUGUGAUCAUUAUGGGGCAGUUUUGUAAAAACAUUGUUUUCACUU